GCCAAACUGGCGUCCAAAAUCACACUUCGAAUGUUGUUUGCUUCAGCAAGUAGUGAUGAGUGCCCUUUUCCACUUCCAGAGCCUGCUGGUGGUCAUCCUGCUGAUGAUCUGUACGUGCACUUACAUCCGUUCCAUUUUUCCCAACAUUAUGGCUCGCCACAAGAUCGGGUGGAUGGGCUUAUUUUGGAAAAUGGCCAGGAUUGGUGAGCGCUUAUCACCAUUAGUGUCUGCCAGCUGCAUCGUGAUGGCCUUUUACAUCCUCUUGGACUAAAUUGUUUCCUCUCCGGCAAAAGUUUAAUCGAUUCUAACUCCUGCGAAA